AUGUCAGAAGCGUCCAUCAAAUCACUUUUGGAGAUGGGAAUUACCCGUGAAGUUGCGAUAGAGGCAUUGACCAAAACAAACGGGAACGUCGAGGCUUCCGUCAACUACAUAUUUUCAGGUGAGUUGCCACAGCAAGAUUCUCAAAUGGAUACUGUGGAGCUUCGAAACCAUCCCCAGGCGGAAGAGUUUGUGGAAAAUGCGAGACCGUUUACGGACAACUCCAGUCCAUCAGAAAAUGAAUCCAACAACUGGCCCGAUCCUGCACCAGAAUAUGAGGAUCACCAUCUAGUACAGAAUAUCAAAAAUGAUCCUCAAGAUCCACUUGUUGUGCAAAUGGGGACUGGAAACUCUAUUAUGGAAAAUUAUUUUGCCCUCUUCGCCCUUGCCAUUGGCUAUGGAUUUCCUCACAAAUUCUUGAAGCCGGAUUUCAAAGAUUUGUCCUACAACAAGGAAUGGUACGAGGGACAGGCGCUAAAACCCAAGUACAGACUCAAGUUCGAAUCCAAUGAAGCGGUAGCUAUAGUUCCACAGGAAGAGCUCACUGGUCAGGAUAGUUUGGUUUUGCAACCAGAACUUCUGUGGCAGUUUCAAAAAAUGCUCGCUGUUCAAAACUCUACAGGUAGUCAAAGGAAAUUCGUAAGCUCAAAAAUCUUUACGAAAAGUUUAGAGCCACAAGUCGUGGAAAAAUUGAAUCAAUGCGAUCACUUACACGACGUACUACCUUCUUUCAUCAAAAACCUAGCUUGUGACGCAGAGUUGUGCCCCGGAUCUUCAUCUAUAAAAGAGCUUCUCAUUUCGACGGCCUACUACAAACCGCCCGCAGAAACAGACAUGGUAGAAACUUUGGUUUCGCUUCUGCAUUUUAUGCCCGAAGAAUACGAAUCCAAUCUUUACAAAAUGUUUAAUGCGCUUUUAUUCCCCGAGGACGACUCCGGUUCUGAUUCCGAGGACAGUCAAAACUCUUUAGGUAAACUCGCUCCCUUAAUUACUAUUGUUUUCGAUGAGAUGGAUGAAAGUACAGAGAGCGCAGAUCUCGCCAAUGGCGUAGAAGUUCCACUCGAGUUUUAUCCUCAAAUUUAUACGGAGAAGGCCAAGAAACUCCUCAUCAACGAAAUACUUGUUAAAUCUCGGGAGCUUGAAGCGGAAGCCCAUCAGACUUUGCGCACUUUGAGCGAUUUGAAAAGCUUCCAGGGAAAGCAAAUUCAUUCCUUCCUAAACAGUGCACUCGAUUUUAUUUCUAGAGAUUCCAAACUGAACGCACAGCAGCCCGAAAUUUCCGAACUUGUAUCCACCCUCGAAAAGCUCAAAGAGGAUUUAGGCGUUCGCAAGAGCAGUUGCAUAACCGAGUACAGAAACUUAACGCACAAAAUCAAUAAUGACUACAAUUUGUCCCAUCCGGAAUCGGGCAUCAUUGAGGCAGCUAAGGCUGUUGGGAUAGUUGAUGAGCCAUAUCUCUUAACAUCUGCUGUGAUAUCGCCUGCUAACUACUUUUUGAAACAUAGGACAGGACAAUGGCAUCACGUCCUGACCAGAAGUCUUACUGGUGAUGUAGAUGUCAUUCCAGUGACACCCAAGGAUGUGCUAUACACCAUACGUCUGCACACACGGGCCGCUUCUGAAACACCGCUCAUGUUCACCUAUUUCAAGGGCGGCGCAACCGACAGCGAUGAAAUUAUACAAGAGACUUUGCUGAAGAACACAGGCUGUACGAAAUUUGCUGCAGAAGAUAGAAGAAUUCUAGACGAAUCAACGAGCAUUACUAACCAUGUUGAAUUGAUCGAUCUAUAA